UCUGAUUUAUUAUUUAGUUGACAUUCAGACGGCUAAUCAGUUGCAGCGGGAAUGAGUUCUAAGCGAGCAGGCGAACAAUCGUCGGCUUCCAACUCCGGAUCGCCACCGGCCAAGAAGGCAAUGACCCAACUGAAGCCGAUCGAAAUUGGACCCGUCCGAUCUCUGGAGGACAUGGACAUCAAGGUGUUGCAAUUUCAAAAUAAGAAGUUAGUGGAGAGAAUUGAUCAGCGGCGGAAACAUGAAGAGGAGCUGAAGAGAAGAAUCGAACAGCUGGAGCAGAGGCAGGCCACCGAUGAUGCAGUUCUCUGUAUUGUUAAUCGAUAUUGGAACCAGCUUGAUGAAGAUGUUCGAGUUCUACUGCAGAGGUUUGAUGCUGAGGGAGUGGAUGAAGAUGAAAAAGAAAACGAGAGUUCAGCUGUGACAUCAUUCCUAACCUUGCUGUCCCAGUGGGACAGACAGGAGAUUGAGGACAAGUUGAGCCAGAGAGUGGAGUUUUCUGAGAGGGCCAUUGGCAAGUUGUUGCAGGCAUACGACAGGCUUCUGCAAAGAAAGGAAAAAAUUUGGCAGAUUGUUAAGAAUAAAAAUGAUUCUGUACUAUCAAAGGAUGAAUUGGAUGAACCUACGUCAGCGACAUCGUCUUCUGGAUCAACAAUAUCAACAUUAAAAAAUACAGAUGCAGACCCAGACAGCAUUUCAGACAACAAGUCUGCGGACAAGAGCAACAAAGACACUGCCAUGAAAAUUGAGUCAGACAUAAAGAAUGAAGCAGAUAGUACUCUAACUAAAUCAGACAAUCCAACUGCUACUACUGACGCUGAUAACAAAAACUCUGAAAGUGACAGUAGUUCUAAAGAGGAAAAGGAAAAGAAAAGCUUGAGGACGUCGACAUCUGACUCGGGAAAGUUUGAAGGUCCGGCACUGAGUGAGACCGUCAUGGCGGAAAUGGACAGAUUGAUGGAGGAGAACAAGAGGCUGCACAAUAUAGUCACUCAGAUGCAUCAGAAACAUCAUGAAAUUAUCCUCAAGAAUUCCGAGUUGCAGGACAAGAAUGCAGCUGCCGAAACAGAAUCGGCUGAGUUAAAGAAUCAUCUGGAGGAGGCGGAGUAUCACCUGGAGUCAUCCAAUAACAGAGUGACCAAACUGGACAAAUAUCUAAAUGAGGUUCUCUCGAAAUUGAAGACCUACCAAGAGGGAGAGAUCAAAGUUCAAGGGGGCGGUGAAGGGGUGUCCAAGAAUAAGUUCAACGAAAUGAUGGCAGAACUGGAGGAGCAGAAGGAACUUGCCAUGACGAGGUUGGGAGAGUUGGAAAAACUGCAAGAGGAGCACGAGGAAUCUGUGAAAGAGAAUGAGAAGCUAAAAAUAGAUCUAGCAACACUACCGGAAUCAGUGAUAACGGAAACAACGGAGUACAAAUGUUUGCAGUCGCAGUUUUCAGUUCUGUACAACGAGAGUGUGCAGAUGAGGGCACAGCUGGAAGAGUGCCGGAACCUCUUCAGCGCCAGUAAGAACGCCCACCUCAGGCAGAUCGAACAGAUGGAGUUGGAAGAGCUGGCGAUGCAGAAGAAAUUGAGGAAGGAGAUGAUUGAGAUGGAGGACUUGCAUGCCCAGGUGUGCAGGGAGCACGACAACCUCAGGAUGGAGUUCGAACAGACGCUCGCCGCCAAUGAACAAACUGGACCUAUAAACAGGGAGAUGCGCAACCUGAUCAGCAGUUUGAAGACCCACAAUGAACAGUUGAAAGGUGAGGUGCAGAGGUACAAGAGGAAACUGAAGGAGGCCUAUGACGAUGUCGAGAAGUUGAAGCAGGAAGUAGCGGCAGCAGCAGCAGCUUCUCAACCAUCAUCAUCGGCGGCAGCAUCAUCGUCAUCAACUGCUGAAGGUACGUCAGCCAAUGAGCUUGGAGCUUCCGACGUCAUCAACAAGGAACAGGAAGAGCUUGAGAGACACAGAUUGGAAGCUGAGAUUAUCAAAGAUCUUAAAUGUGAUAUCAAGAAACUGCAGGAAAAAGAGAAAGAAAUAAAAAUUCAUCUUGACAGUCUAAAGAGUAUGUCAAAGGAAGGGCGAGAUAAGGCACAACUGAUGGCAUCGGAAAAAAAGGCCAAAAUGGAAUUCGAGGAAUCGCGCAACCAUAUGAGGAGGUUGCAGCAGGAACUGGACCGCAAGGAGAGGAGGAAACACGGCGAUGAUGACGUCAUGAAGAGGUUGAGGAAGUUAGAGGAACAUAACACUGAACUGCAGAGGUGUCUCUCCGCUCAGAAACAGGAAGAGGAAGCCAUGUUGAAUGAGAUGGAGGUGACAGGUCAGGCCUUUGAGGAUAUGCAGGAGCAGAAUGUUCGACUGAUGCAACAACUCCGGGAAAAAGAUGACGCCAACUUCAAGCUUAUGUCUGAGCGUAUCAAGUCGAACCAGAUCCAGAAACUGUUGAGAGAUGAGAAGGAUGUGCUGGCAGAACAGGUGGAAACCCUUCAACACCAGGUGGAGGCCCAGAACCUGGUGGUCCGGAAGUUGGAGGAGAAGGAGCGUCUGCUGAUGGCGACCGUCAGUUCCAUGGAUAAAGAUUUAACUUUGAGACAGCAAGCUGCCGAACUGCACAAAAGGAAAGCUGUUGAAAGCGUGCAGACGGCCACAGACCUGAAACUGCACCUGGAUAAAUAUCAUUCGCAACUGAAGGAAGCGCAACAAGCUGUUGCCGACAAGACAACUGCCUUGCAACAACAGAGUUUUAAAUAUCGUAGAAUGCAGGAAGAAUUAGCCGUGCUACGCAAGAAGCUGGAUAGAGUGAAGAAGAUUGAAAUGGCGAGUUCAGCUGAUGAAGUGCUCAUGGAGGAGAUCAGGGAGUAUAAGGAGCAGUUGACCUGCCCGUCUUGCAAGGUGAAGAAAAAGGAUGCAGUGCUGACGAAAUGCUUUCACGUCUUCUGCUUGGAAUGCCUCAAAACGAGAUACGAGACGAGACAGAGGAAGUGCCCGAAAUGUAACGCCACAUUCGGCGCCAAUGACUAUCACAGGAUAUAUCUUGAAUAAUAAUAUCUAUGGACUUUUUUUGGAUAGUUGUAUGCUUGUUUGUUAUCGGCUGUGUGAUCGAUUGAAUGAUUGACUAGAUGAAUGAAUGGUUGAUUGAUUGAAUGAGUUAAUCAUUGGAUAAAUGAAUGAAUGAAUGAUUCAGAGAAUGUGAGUGAUUGUGAGUAUGUGUAUGUUGGGUGACAAUAAAACCUUACUCAACCGAACUGAACUGUAAGGCUUUACAGUCAACUUUACACUGAAUUGUUAGGUUAUUAUUAUUGAUGGACGUUUCUACGAACAGUCGCUCUCCCUGAAAUGUAACUGAAAAAUGAACUUUGAAUGAUUUUUUGACUUAUUUAAUGAACUGAAUAUGUGUGUGUGUGUGUGUGUGUGUGUGUGCGUGUGUGUUUAUAAUUGUUUUCAAUGUUAUCGUCAAUGUCAUUUCUACGUAAGCCCAUUAUUAAUCAAUUAAAUUUAUUAAGUAAGUAACUGUUUUUCUUUCUAAUUUUAUUAGUUUGUCUUGCGUGAUCUUGCAAAAGUUUCAAAUUUAAUUAAUUAAAUUCUGUUCAUUUAAAAGUAAAAAGAAAAAUUUGUAAUUAAAUUGCUACAAUAAAAUAUUGUAAACACUA